UACCGGUGCCCAGGUGGAGCAAGACGACAUGUGGUGGUUAACUGCUGUGGCGUGCGUGGCGGCGUGUGUGGGGCUGUGGGGCGGCGCGGCGGCUGAGCCGGAGCCGAAGCCUGAGCCUGAGCCUGAGCCUGAGCCCCUGCUGCUGUACUCGGCCAUCCCGUCGUGGGCGGCGCAGAUGUUCGGCACCCCGCAGGAGAUGGCGCAGGCCGCCGCCGCCUCCAUGACGCAGCGCACGCAGAUCAGCGCCCCGCACAGCAUAGUGUUCCGGCCCGCCGGGAUUGCCCCCUCGCCCCUGGUGGCGAUCAGGGACGCCCAGGCCGCGCCCCCACACGUGGUGGCCCUGCGGCAGCCCACCACACACAACGUGCAGCUGCUGCAGCGGCCCGUCUCCUUCCUGCCCUACCCCCUGCUGCUGCACGCCGCGCACCUCAGGGUGCCCUACCACACGCUGCCCUACGACACACGCUUCAGGCCACCCGCCCUCUUCUACCCCGCCCCGCCCGCCUACACCUACUCCCACUCCCGCCCCGCCCACCUCGACGACGACGACGACGACUGCGACGAGGUGGCCGCGGAGCAGGCCGUGGUGGACUCGCGACCGACCUACGUGCGCGUCGGCCACUUCCCGCAGGAGCUGCCAAGCCUGAUGAGCCUCCGGGCGGUGGGCGGCGAGGGCGAGGAUGACCUCCCCGCCGCGCCCGCCGGCAUCGCUCAGGCCCUGAUGCCCACCUUCAGCAUGGUGCCCUUCACCAACGCCAAGGCCCACCCCAGCCUGCGGGACGUGCAGCCCUCCACAGACGGGGCCGUCGCCGUUGCCUAGGCCGCCACGCCCGCCCUGCCAAGGACCCUGCCACCCCCCCACCCCACCCCCUUCACACCCCUCCACUCAGCCCCGCCCCGAAGAACACUUCAGACCCUCAAGUGACCCCUUCAAACAACUCACAGGUCCCCUUCAGAUUACCCCCCAGACACUUCCAACAUCCCCUUCCCUCCCUUUCCAGCCCCCACCCCCUUCAGGCACCCAGCAGCAGCGUGAGGCCCUUCAGCUUUAUCGAAUGUUUCCAGGGAUGCUGACCCUUCACCGCCCUUCACUUCACUCGUAUAUUUAUCUCACCCCUUCCCUUCCCUUCCCCUCUCUGCCUCUCUUACACAUGUCCCUUCUCUUCCCUUCACAUCCCUGGCGUUACCAAUCACAACGGCCUUGCGUUUGUUCGUUUGUGUGUGUGUGUGUGUGUGUGUGUGUGUGUGUGUGUGUGUGUGUGUGUGUGUGUGUGUUCCUCAAUAUGCAAGAGGAACUAACCAAAAAAAAAAGAGAAUAUUGCAAUUGUAUAUAAACACUGUAAUACCACGACCCCUCCCCCUCCCUAACCCUUACCCUCUCCCCCCUCACCCCUUACCCCCUCACCUACACACCUGCCCCUCCGCCCCACAUACACCUCCCCCCUUCACACCUAACACACUUACACACACCUUCACCCCAUUUUUACAAGUUACCAACCGUGAAAGAGGGGAGCGUGCGACCCCCCUCCCCCCCUUCAAAUCCCUCUCCGCCCAUCCCCCCCCCCCCCUCGCCACCACCGCCGCCGCCGCCACGGAUGUCUGGGAGAAGCCACCAAAAAGGUUACAUUUAAAGAGAAUUAAAGAGUAUGUUAUUUUUUUAUAGUGGCAUCCUCCUCCUCCUCCUCCUCCUCCUCCUCCUCCUCCUCCUCCUCCUCCUCCUCCUCCUCCUCAUUCCUCUUGCAGUAAUUCAUUCACAAGCCACGAGUUUUUAUUCUCUCUCUCUCUCUCUCUCUCUUGUUCUCCUUGUCCUUCCCCAACCUCGUUUCUUACCCUCUUCCUCCUCCUCCUCCUCCUCUCAUUACCUCCAGCACAUAGCCUUCUGUCCCUCCUUCCCUCCCCUCCUAUUCCCCUCCCUGUCAAUUCCUCCUCCUCCUCCUCCUCCUCCUCCUCCUCCUCCUCCUCCUCCUUCUUCUCCUCCUCCCUUAUCCUAUCCUCCACAUCCCCACCAAGAACUGUUCCCCCUCCUCCUCCCCUCCUCCUCCUCCUCCUUUCUUCCAUUACCGCAACCCGUCCACUUCUCCCCUUGUCUUCUCCUCCCCCUCUUCCUCCCCCUUCCCCUUACCCCCCGCCCCCCUUCAACCCCUCCCCCUCCCCCCCUUCCCGUCCUUCCCUGUCUGUCUGUUACCGUUUCCCUAACCAGCCUGUCCUGCGCCACCCUCCCAAGGCCGUCCACCUCCUCCACCUCCUCCUCCUCCUCCUCUUCUUCUUCCUGGUUCCUUUUUAAUUCCCUCGGGGUAUUGAUAGCAACCUUGCGUAACCCCGUUGAUAGAAUGUCCUCCUCCUCCUCCUCCUCCUCCUCCUCCUCCUCCUCCUCGGCCAGGGAAGACGAAGGCACUGAAGGAGGCGUGUCUCUUGUGCCUAUUUUGGGCCUCUUAAAUAUUUGCUUCUCUUCGGCCUAUGUACUGAAGAGGAGGAGGAGGAGGAGGAGGAGGAGGAGGAGGAGAAAGAGGAGGAGGAGGAGGAUGUAAGUCAACAGACCCUUCAUACUGGCUCUCCCUCACACCCUUACAGCCUACUACUACUACUACUACUACAAUUAUCACUACUACUACCACUACUACUACAAUUAUCACUAGAUUUACAUAACUCUCUCUCUCUCUCUCUCACACCACACCCACCACUACUAACACCACCACCACUACCAACACCAUCACCACUACUAACAACACCACCACCACCAUUACUAAUACCACCUCUGACACCACCAUUACUAAUACCACCUCUGACACCACCAUUACUAAUACCACCUCUGACACCACCAUUACUAAUACCACCUCUGACACCACCAUUACUAAUACCACCUCUGACACCACCAUUACUAACACCACCACCACCACCACUACUACUAACACCACCACCACCACCAUUACCACCACCACUAACACCACCACCACGACCACCCCAAAAUACCUAUCCACUUCCCUAUAAUUACCUUAACAAUCCCCCUUUACCUUUCCCUUACCUUCCCUUUGAUUCCCUUCCCUUCAAUUCUUCCCUACCUUACCUCCCUCUUUUCUUCUACUUCCCUUCCCUCCCUUUCUUCCUUCCCUUCAACUCAUUUUUCUUACCCUACCUUUCCCCUUCCCUUCCCUUCCCGUCUUAGCUUCUGGGUAAAUCCAUUUCUUUUAGAUUUACCUUCCCCUUUACACAAUUAAAUAAUGGGGAAGAGGGAGAAGGGGAAAGGAGGAGAAUGUAUACUUAUAAUGCAUUAACUAUUACCUCCCCUUCCCCAUUCCCUCCCAUCCUCUUCCCCUUCCCUCCCUUCCCAUUCUCCUUCCUUCUCCUCCCCCUCACAAUGACUUAUGGUAUAUCAAGGAUGAUGUACACUACUCUCCUCCUCCUCCUCCUCCUCCUCCUCCUCCUUCUCCUACUCCUCCUCCUCCUCUUCACCACCACCACCAUAACCACCACCACCGCCGCCGCCGCCGCCGCCUGGUACACCGCGCUUUAUACAAUGAAUAAAUAAACAUAUGAUUAUUGUC